CAUACAACUCCACUGCCCGAUGUUCUCGUUUCUGUUCAGUGUGUUUUGCGCUAAAUAGUGUUUGAACGGUUUGGGACCCCAAAUUUGGCCAGUGUCGUUUACUUAUAAGUGAAGCAACCCUAGUCCCGCCAGCUAUCCAAACGCAGACCCGGACAGCUCCUACCAUCCCGCGAACAGAUAUUUAACUCAAGCGCCCCUAGAACACGGCACAAUGCAAACUAUAAAAUGUGUGGUGGUCGGUGACGGAGCCGUCGGUAAGACGUGCCUUCUUAUUUCGUACACGACGAACAAAUUUCCCUCCGAAUACGUACCGACUGUGUUCGACAACUAUGCAGUCACGGUCAUGAUCGGAGGCGAACCUUAUACUCUAGGACUGUUUGAUACUGCUGGUCAGGAAGAUUAUGAUCGCUUACGCCCUCUAUCCUAUCCCCAGACAGACGUGUUUUUAGUGUGUUUUUCCGUUGUUAGUCCCAGCUCGUUUGAGAACGUGAAAGAAAAGUGGGUUCCGGAGAUAACACAUCAUUGUCAAAAGACCCCGUUCUUGCUGGUAGGCACACAGAUUGACUUGCGUGACGAAAACAGCACGCUGGAGAAGCUAGCCAAAAACAAACAGAAACCAAUCACCCUGGAGCAAGGCGAAAAGCUGGCGAAGGAGUUAAAGGCAGUCAAAUACGUGGAAUGUUCCGCAUUGACUCAGAAAGGGCUAAAGAACGUAUUCGAUGAAGCAAUCCUGGCGGCGCUAGAACCUCCAGAGCCGACGAAAAAACGAAAGUGCCGAUUUCUGUAAAACAACCGCAGUUCUUUCAGAACAACAACGAGAAGGCGGAGGUGGAUCGGUGGAACGUUGUCGCACAGUUCGAUGGAAACAUGAUGGUGUUUCUUUCUUUUGGCCGCGCGCCAAGCAUAAUGCAGUCAACAAGAUAGAAGCAGUAUGAGAUUGACAGAACAAACAGCAUAGGAUUGUGUGUUUUUUCUUUUAUCUUAUUUCGCUUUCCUUUAAUGAAAAACGUGAGUGAAGCGUGUUUGUUAGAUGCAAAUCAGUUCAAUAACCUUCUACGUGUGAAACGCACUGCAAGAACAUCCUGCAAAAUCUAGGUUGUUUCAUAGAAGUAAAGAGAAUCCUAAGCAUAACCUAACUGACAUUCAAAAACCUCAGCGAAGAUGAUAUGAUAAAAUGGUUAAGUAAAUAUGAUAGUGAAGAACAGUUAGAUGGAGCGUGAAUUGCGGCAUAAAACAAAUCGGAAAAAAAUGCUGAACUUGUUGCAUAAAAAACCCCUAACCUACAGCACGCAGUAACUAAAAAACAAAUAGUAUAUACACCUAUACACACAUAGGUAUGUAUAUAUAUAUAUAUAUACCUACGCAUUAUGCAUAUAUUCUAAUGAAAUUAUAUGAGUAAGCCGUUUCCCUUUCGUGCAUUACCUACGAUGAACGUGGAAGAUAAAGCUGGAACGAGUUGAGCUACCAUCCCGUUGGCUUAUCUGUAAUGGGGCUAAACUAACAUAAACGAUGAAGUGGCGCCCGGAAAACAGACCCUAGAAGUGGACAAAAAUAAGGAUAGCGAGUUGUAACGCAUUAACGCUAAGUCAACUUUAAGGAACGCCAACAAGGGCGCGUACGGUGCAAGAAAAAUAACGAAACUAACCUAAAAACACAUGGCGCGCGUGUUCCGUCAUUCCUGCAUGUGCGAUUCUGUCUUUUUACAGGACAAAAUGAUGGUAACCAGUGGGAGCAUUGCUAGCAUUGGUUUGAUUUUUGAUCGCAUCGGACUAGGGACGGCCACAGCCGAAUGCAUAAGACUUGAACGCAGUCCAUGUUUGGCGAGAUAGAUAAUGUUAUGGGAGAUUUUGUGUUGAAGGUGCAAACCUUAACCGGUACAGCUUUACUGCAUUAAGCUAUCCAUUUCUGUUGAAGGCGUAAGCAUUCAUGGUUUUACAGAACCGAGUGGUCACAUGUCAGCAUCACAGGACUCAGAUCAAAUUGUAGGCCAGCAAUCAAAUCGGUACUGUGGUUUGUUGAUAUCUUAUCGUGAUUAACAUGAACUAAAAGUUUGCCGUAGAAGAUUGAUCACUUGAGAAUGUGGAAGUGUUUCUUUUAAUCGGAUUUUUUGUGUUUUCUUUUCACAUUACGAUUGCAAUCAGGCGUUUAUUUGUAAAAAAAAACCCAGCCUCACCAAUGAUUAGACACAUUGAUUGAGUGGAUGGGCCUAGGAGGAUUGAAAUGAAAUGUGUUAAAUGCAGGUCUACACAUGAAAGCACUACAGCAUAAUGUUACGUGCAAGCUAUAGGUAUUGUCCCCCCUGCCGUGGAGAUUUUGCUGAAUUGGUAGCAUGGUCAGAGCAGUUUUGUUGAUCGCACUAAAUAAUCAUGGCCCUAAGAUCGUGUGGGAUUUAUGGCUUUCCUAGUCGAAGGGGCCGAAUAAGUGGUCUUGUUAUUUCGGUUGUACACUGUCGCCGCUUUUUGCAAACGGCACUUCUACUGUAGGGCGCACGAUUAGUUGCCAACAAAGAACAAAGAACAGUAUAAGUCGAUGCAAAUUUCCCGAGCGAAUGAAAUGGAACUGUACAUUGAUUGCACUGGAUGGCAAACCGGGGGUGUAAUGUUUUCCUUUGCAGUUUGGUGCACCGAAGCGGACUGCAAACAUGAUUUCACAUCCACGCAUAAUAAGCACAUUUUUUAUGCCAUCUUUCUUUUAUUUAAAUAUCUCCUUGAGCAUGGGUAUGUGUUUUGAUAAAAAGUAAUUAUAUUUAACGAAGAAUAAACAGUGAAAUGAAGGAAACCAUUUUUAUACA